CUUUUGUUUUUCACAGCUAGUACGUGUAACUCAUCAUAAUUUCUGUUUUAGUAAUUUACCAUAAAAUUGCUUGGAAUUUUUCAAAUGAUUAUGUAUUCAAAGAUGUUGUAAAUACUACUGGAUUCUAAUUUGAAAUAGAAAAUUCUAAUUGAAUAAAACCAAAUCAUAAUUAAAAAUUUUGUCAGCGGGAUUAACAGAUAUAAAAUUUUAUAACACUGAAUUUUAGAAUCUUGGAGAGUCUCAUCUUGCCAAUGAGAUGAUGAAAUUGUGUGGGAAAGAGCGGCUUAGUCAAUACAUCAACCAAUGGAUGUUCAGUAUUGAUAUGUAAAAGUUUGGUUCCGCUAUUACUACUCACUGUAGAAAUGUAGAAUCAUUAAUUAAAUAACCGUAGAUUUUUGUUGGAUUUAAAUUUUAUUAAAAUCCAUGAGACCACAGUGUAAACUAUACCUCACAUAUUUUCAUAUUUUCCAGCCAUUAAAGUACAUAACAAGAAUGAAAUAACAAGAAUGCAGUUCAAACAAUAGUUAGCCAAUCCUAUUUAUGUCAAGCCAGACAUAAAUCUAACCAAACUAAACAUAUCAAACAACAAAAACAACAAAUGUACUAUACAUAGAGGCAAAAACUCAAUAUAUAAAAGCGUUCCUCUCUAACACCAAUCUACACAUCUCAUACAACAAACACAAGUCCUAGAGUUUUGUUUUAAACAGAAGAAACUUUAAGAGCAAAAUGGCGGGAAAAGUGUAUAUGGUCAUGGCAAUAAUAAUGAUGGGGUUUGUUUUACAAGCAUGCAAUGGAAUGAAUGUUGAUGUUGAUGAUGGUGAUGAUAUCAAGCCAACACAAGAUUCAAGAUUCUUUUGCUUCAGAGUAUGUUCCAUUAAUUGUGGCAAACAAAACAAGCCUUGUUACCAAGAAUGUUUGCCAAAAUGUGGUCUCCCACGACGACUUGCUAAACCAACAACAUCUCCAUCAUCACCGUCCUCCACCGUUUGAUCUUUUUUCUUCUAUUU